AUAACCUAAAACCACAUCUAGCAUUGUAUAGUUUAAUCACAAAAACACAAAUCGGCGUUGUAAAAAAUGAAUUUAGAACUAUUAGAGUCUUUCGGACAAAAUUAUCCAGAGGAAUUUGAUGGUACACUGGAUUGUAUAUCUCUUGCUGUUACUUGUACAUUUAAUAAGAGAGGAACACUUCUUGCUGUUGGUUGCAAUGAUGGAAGACUUGUGAUUUGGGAUUUUCUAACCCGUGGUAUAGCCAAGAUUAUCAGUGCUCAUGUACAUCCUGUAUGUUCAUUGAGUUGGUCAAGAAAUGGUCAUAAAUUAUUAAGUGCUUCUACAGACAAUAAUGUAUGUAUUUGGGAUGUUCUAUCUGGAGAAUGUGAUCAAAAGUACAGAUUUCCCUCUCCAAUAUUAAAAGUACAAUUUCACCCAAGAAAUCUCAAUAAAUUUUUGGUAUGUCCGAUGCGUCACGCUGCUGUCAUGGUUGAUGUUGAAGGCACACACAGAGUUAUACCACUCGAUGAGGACAGCGACUUAAACAUAGUAGCAUCAUUCGACCGACGUGGAGAUUACGUGUAUACAGGGAAUGCUCGUGGUAGAGUUUUAGUUCUUGAUGCUGAGACACUAACAGUGAAAGCCUCUUACAAAAUUUCGCAAGGUACUGCCAGUAAUACGGCGGUGAAGAGUAUAGAGUUCGCACGGCGAGGCUCUUGUUUCCUAGUUAACACAUCUGAUAGAGUAAUUCGUGUGUACGACAGUACUGAAAUAUUAGCGUGCGGCAAAGACGGCGAACCUGAGCCGAUUCAGAAGCUGCAAGAUCUUGUAAAUAAAACGAUGUGGAAAAAAUGCUGCUUCUCCGGUGAUGGAGAAUACGUUUGUGCUGGAUCGGCAAGGCAACAUGCCUUGUAUGUGUGGGAAAAGAGUAUCGGAAAUUUGGUGAAAAUUCUACACGGUACCAAGGGUGAACUUUUACUUGACGUUGUGUGGCAUCCAGUAAGGCCGAUAAUUGCAUCCAUAUCAUCAGGAGUGGUUUCUAUUUGGGCGCAGAACCAAGUGGAAAAUUGGUCUGCGUUCGCGCCAGAUUUCAAGGAACUGGAUGAGAAUGUCGAAUAUGAGGAAAGAGAAAGCGAAUUUGAUUUGAGCGACGAAGAUAAGUCUGUGGUGCAAGGAGAGGAGGCUCAGGAUGAAGAAAUAGAGGUUGAUGUCGCAUCAAUCGAUAGAGUCGCCGCAUUCUGCAGCUCGGACGAAGAAACUGAGGAUAUCGGCUCUCUUCAGUUCCUACCUAUAUCUCCAGAUGUGGAAGAUUCGGAAGACAAUCAAGUGACACCGCAUGAACCACCGCUGAAGAAACAUCGUUCGCACGAUAUAAAUUUACAGGGGGCACCAACCGAUGAAACUCAUCCCUUGUUAAAUAAAGGAAAGGAUAAACCAACCACGAAGAAGGGGAGGCCGAGAUUGGAACACAGAAAAGGGAAAUGAUUUAACAUAUAAAAUAAUUGACACACAUACACACACACAAGGAAAUAUAUUUAUUAUUUAUAAAAUGACGAAAAGUUACAAGACUGUAAUUUUAUAUGAAUUGUAAAAUUGGGUAGAAUCAAGAGUAAUUAAUUAUGUACGAUGUAAUCUUCCAUAUAUGUAUCAUAUAGAAAUUUUUAAUAACUUUAUUUAGGAAAAAACAAAUUCUGCCAUUGUUAAGACUUAUUAUUAUACAUAGAAACAAUUCACGUAUUCUCUUUUCCUUGAAAUAAAGUUUUAGAGUAUAUUGCUAUACUAACGAAAGUUACGUAAUUAUUUUACAUUAUGUAAUUAUUUUACCUUCGUCAUCAACGAGUUCUUUUCGAAGAAGCGCGUGCAUUUGUUUCCGCGUGCGCCGUCGCCCGAUAUAAACAAAAUCUCCCUUCCACUCCACUAUUCGCGUCGACGGAAUAACUGGUAAGAAACUUUAGGUAGUGCAUCUCGAACUGCCCGACUGAAAAGCACUAAACAACCGCCAACAUGUCUGACGACGAGGACCAAUACUCCGGCGAGGAGGAAGUCGAGGACGUGAAGUAAGUCGCUGGAGUCUCGUAACGAGCAUUGUAGAGCUACCGCGAAGACGCGUUGCGACGCCACGAGUUCGCUUCGGUUGUCCCGGUCAAAACCUCGGAUUUCCGACGGUUCUCUCGGCGGAGAAAUUCGUUGCGCUCGUGUCUCGUUCUUAGCUGGAAGAUUUUCAUCCAAAUUUAUUUAGCGUUUAGACUUAGAUACGACCUUUUUUUUUUUACCAAUCACAAUCGCGCGAAAGAAUGGAUUUCUCACCUGCACUUUGUUUCUCCAUGUCUACCUUCGUCCUCGUCAUGUCUGUCACUAUGUCUGUCGCCUAAUCAGCCUCUGUUACCUCGCAUUAUCAACUGGGCAACGAAAUACUCUGCAAAGUGUCGUUACGUUACAUAUAUACACUUACACGUGUGACUGAUUGUGCCGAUAUCCACGUUGAGUUUCUAUGGUGAUUUGUUUAAUUGUCAAAAUAAAUCAUGUAUCUGUAUUUUGGAAAAAAAGGUCCACUUCUUCAGUCUUCGAUUACAGGAGUCUUAGGAUUUGUAAAUGUUCUCAAGACUCAAAAGUUCUCUGUGUAUUUCUUUGAUCACACUGAAGCGUUAAUAUAUUCGUUUGAUAUUAAAUACUCAAAUAAUCAAAUUAUUCCUCUAAAACUCUUGCGGGCUAGAGAAAUAAAUGUUGGAUCUGUUCCUUCCAAAGCACGGAUAAACGCAUCCGAUUGCGCGAUACAUGUUGAAACGACCGGAUUUCGCGUAGGCCAACAGUCGAGGAAGCAAUUUGUACAGAAAGAAAAAGAAAAGGAAGGCGCAAUUUGGAGAGAGACGAACGAUAUAAUUUACACGCCGAUUAUAAUAAUUUACACGCAGCUUUGUGCAGUCCUAAGUAAACGAUUCAUCACACGAA